AUGUACGUGGGCUAUGUGCUGGACAAGGAUUCCCCCGUGUACCCCGGCCCCGCCAGGCCCGCUAGUCUCAGCCUGGGCCCGCAAGCCUACGGCCCUCCGCCCCCGCCCCCUGGACCCCCGCAGUACCCUGAUUUCACCGGCUACUCUCACGUGGAGCCGGGCCCCGUGCCCCCUGCAGCCUGGAGUGCGCCCUUCUCUGCGCCCAAGGACGAAUGGGCUGCCGCCUACGGCCCGGGCCCCACGGCUCCCACAGCCAGCCCGGCCCCGCUGGCAUUCGGGCCCCCUCCGGACUUUGGCGCGGUGCCCACGCCCCCGGGGCCUGGCCCAGGUCUCCUGGCGCAGCCCCUCGGCGGCCCAGGCACACCUUCCUCACCCGGAGCGCAAAGGCGGACACCCUACGAGUGGAUGCGGCGCAGUGUGGCGGCUGGAGGCGGCGGUGGCAGCGGUAAGACCCGCACCAAGGAUAAAUACCGCGUGGUCUAUACCGACCACCAGCGCCUGGAGCUGGAGAAGGAGUUCCACUACAGCCGUUACAUCACCAUCCGGCGGAAAUCAGAGCUGGCCGCCAGCCUGGGGCUCACUGAACGGCAGGUGAAGAUCUGGUUCCAAAACCGGCGGGCCAAGGAGCGCAAAGUGAACAAGAAGAAGCAGCAGCAGCAGCCUCCACAGCCACCCCCGCCAGCCCAUGACAUCACCCCCACCCCCGCAGGGCCACCCCUGGGGGGCCUGUGCCCCAGCUCUGCCAGCCUCCUGGGUGCCUCCUCCCCAGUGCCUGUCAAGGAGGAAUAUCUGCCAUAG